CUUGUUUUUCACUUUGUUAGCUGAAUGACCUUCGACUUUGAAGAACAUGCCCGGCGUGUGUUGGGUUGACGUUUUUGUAGUUGUCCUCUGUGAUUUAGGUCAAGGCAAGGAUUAAUAAUAAGCACAAGGUUCACCAGACACCAAGACUUUAAUGCAAAUGCGGGGGGCGAAGAUAUAAAAUAAUUUCAAGGAAGGGCGAGAUUUACAUUCGUCUCUCAAUAUGUCCGGGCACUGUAGGGCUGUGUUGAUAUCAACUCUGUUUCGUGCUCUUGGUGGAAGGCAACCGUGUUCCAAGAUAUUUCUUCAAAACAAGCCCUCUCAAGUUCUGGGGCUCUUAGGUGACCAAUACGAUCGGCCACGGUAUCAUCACUGGUCAACCAGUCAUACACGGACAGUUGUUUUGAACGUCAAGUCAACGUGGACAUCAUGUCAGAGGAACCAGUUGACCGAGGCAGGGGUAACGUUGCCAUUUAAGGAGGAGGAGUACCCACCUCUACCAGAGUACGAUGCAACCCCACAGCCGGAGUCAAAGGAUGUUUUCAUAGUCCGUGUCAAGGGCUUGCCUUGGUCCUGCAAAAAAGAGGAUGUAUUGGAAUUUUUCUCUGAGUGCAGGAUUCGCGAAGGAGUGAAAGGAAUUCAUUUCAUGCAUCUCAGAGAUGGGAGGCCGAAUGGACAAGCUUUCAUGGAGCUGGAGACUGAGGAGGAUGUCAGCAAGGCACUGGAGAGACACAGGCAAUAUCUAGGACCCCGCUACAUUGAGGUGUUUGAAGUGACAGAUGAACAAGCAGAAGCCAUAUUGAAGGGGCCAGAUCCGCUGGCCAACGACGGGGUGGUGCGGCUCAGAGGUCUACCUUUCAACAGUACAGAGAAGGACAUCAUUCAAUUCUUUACAGGAUUAGACAUUGUAGAGGAUGGGGUGACCCUGGUGUCCAACUCCAGAGGCCAGAGCAUUGGACAGGCCUACGUUCAGUUUGCCUCUCCGGAGAUGGCUGACAGUGCCCUGGAGAAAGACAAGGAGGUUAUGGGACACAGGUAUGUUGAGAUAUUCCCCAGCUGUAAAAGUGAGAUCACAUCGCAGCGUGGCCCGAGGGCCCAGGAGCCACAAGCGCCCCCUCCGAACAGAUCCCCGCCUCUGAACAGACCCCCUCCUGCUAACACCCCCCACACAGCUUUGGAAUGGGAGAGAGGUGAAGCCCAGCCACUCAGAUCUGGAAGAUCCGCUGCAAGCCAAGCCUCUGUGGUUCCCAUCCACUAUGUGCACAUGAGAGGGCUUCCAUACGAAGCCACUGCAGAGGACAUUGUCAAAUUCUUUGGUCCUCUGAGGGUGGCCAGGAUCAUGGUGGAGUAUCACUCAGACGGGAAGGCCAGCGGUGAGGCAGAGGUGCACUUCAGAAGCCACAAGGAUGCAGUGGCGGCCAUGUCCAAAGACAAGGAGUACAUGCAGAACAGAUAUAUUGAGUUAUUCCUGAACUCAAGUAGGAGAGCGUCAUGAGGUUUGCUUCUCCCAGGAUAUCAAUACAACACCGCUGCCAUAUUUAUUGGACGAUGUGCUCAACAUGAGUAGCAUAAUGUAAAAGAAUAAACCACAUUCCCUUCCUGCGGUACAGUUAGUGUUUUGGAAUGUCUGUAUAACCAUCCGGUGUCGUGUGUCCACAAUAAACUAUUGCCGAUCUUGUCAGUUUGAGUCAUCAGCAUUAGGCUUCAUUAAUUUGGCAUGAAGUGCCAACGUCUUUACUAUCAGCUAAAGCUAACAAUUAACUUACUGGAGGAAUAAGCACAUUAUUGUGCUCAUAGGAAUUGGAAAAUGUACAUAUGGUUAAAUACUUAGUUCCACCUUUUUCUUGGCUUGAACAAAUGGCGUGUUUAAUACUGAUCAACCUUUGCAGUAUGUAUGAAUGUGUGCCAUUAUGUUGAUCUGUACAUAGAUAACUGCUAUACAAUUUGAUUAGUCUUCUAUUAAAGAAAUAUAUUGCUUUAAAAAGUGUAUAGUGCUAUAAAAAUAAAUGUCAUCUUCAAAUGGA